GUUUGUAGCGAAAGCCUCUUGCGUGGAAUGCAAUUCUUGUAUCUGACACUGUCGCAACCUGCACUCGGAGUGUCUCUCUUAGAUUGUGUUUAUAUUCUCGUGCUCAUCGAUGUCGCCGUUCUCGCUAGCCUAAGAAUGCCGGACCACGAAACGGAGCUCUGAACGGACUCUCCCGCUUAACACUGGACUGGACGUAAGCUCUUGCUGCGCAUCGUCACAACUACCACGACAGAACCUGAGCAUUUGAUGACUAGAGAGUAUCUGGCCCUCGCAAUCUUGCAAAGGGGGAAGUGCAGCACGGAAAUCCCGUCCUGAUACGUUCCCGUUCAGAUUCUGCCGAAUCGCAAACCCUGCAGUCGCCUCCCUUUGUCUGCCCCCAGACAACCCGUCUUUGUCCACACGAGACACCACCGAUCUCAAAUCCGGUCGCGACUGACCACACGCCACGCAAGCAUCGAUCCAGCCCUGUUUCAAUCUGCGACUGCACAUGCGCCCACUUCAAAACCAAAAACAAAGAAGUUCCUGCUGAGCGUCUUCUCAGGCCACUGCGGGGCAUUUUGAAUGCGCCAUGAAGGCCAUUCGCCGAUCUCUAAAGAGCGAUAAGGAGUCCAGACACGCACCCUCCCUGUCCAUCACACCCAAGACGAUCCAGGCACUUCCACCGAAAAAGGUCAUCAAGGCGCUUUAUGACUACGAACCGCAAAAUGGCAACGGACAAGAGCUGGCGUUUCACAAGGGCGACUUUUUUCACGUCUUAAGUCGGGAAGACGACACUGACUGGUACGAGGCGUGCAAUCCGCUCAUCCCCUCCGCCAGGGGUCUCGUGCCGGUCGCAUUCUUUGAAGUGGUUGGCAAACAACAGCGACAAAGUGGAAAUUCAAUUUCGUCGCCGGGAGACCGCCCAGACGGCCAUGAUUCUGGAUUUUCAGAGAAAGGCUCGACCAAUUCCGGCCACACGAGAUCAGAGUCAGCCGCCACCACCAGACCUGCGGGACAUCAGAGAGGACCCAGUAUCAUGGGAAGAUCUGGCGGCGCAAUGGUCUAUGGCGUUGUGCAGUACGAUUUCAACGCUGAGAGAGCAGAUGAGUUGGACGCCAAAGCUGGCGAAGCAAUCAUCGUGGUCGCACAAUCGAACCCAGAGUGGUUUGUGGCGAAGCCCAUUGGGCGACUAGGAGGACCAGGUCUGAUUCCUGUGUCGUUCGUGGACAUCAAGGAUACCGCAACCAUGCAAUCGGUGACAGACCCACUGGAAGCCGUCCGUAAGGCGAACGUGCCAAAAGUUGAGGAAUGGAAGAAAUUUGCGGCAGAGUACAAGAACAACAGUAUCAGUCUGGGCAAGUUUUCCAGUCCUGAUGCUCAAAUGUCGGCCGAUAUGGCUCGGAUGAGCUUGCAAAAUGCAGGCUCGCAGCAAUCGCUGGCAAGCAAUACAUACUCCCAGGGAUCUGGCCCAAGGACAUCGACAUCACAACAGUCACAAAUGCCUCUUGCACCGAUUAGUGCUUCCGUUCCUCGAUACUGCUUUGACAACGACAUGUAUUGGUACAUUAUUGAAUGUCAGAUGGAAGACGGACGAUGGUGGGAAUUGUCCCGAUACUAUGCAGAUUUCUACGACUUUCAGAUUGCGCUCCUGGAGAUGUUUCCGGAAGAAGCCGGCAAUAAGGGCAAACCUCGCACUCUACCUUUCAUGCCUGGUCCGGUGGCACAUGUUACGGAUGCGAUCUCCAACGGACGGCGUCAGAACCUGGACGAAUAUAUUAAAAAGAUUGUGGCAAUGCCAAAUCACAUCUCGAAGAGCAUGCUGGUUAGGAAUCUCUUCAAGCCCAGACCAGGCCAAGAUUUUGAGAUCGAUCCGAAUGCUCUGGGUGAGGACUACCGACUAUCGGGAGGAUCACAGCAGUCGCUGCAACCACUCUCACGAGUGUCUACAAGCCAACAAGGGUCAGGUCCAGGCUAUGGCGGCAUACCCAUGCCCGGUUCUUCUCGAUCGUCACAACAACGCCCACCUCCGCCUAUGUCGAGUGGACCAGGGAUGGCAAUUGGAGGACCUCCCUUCCUCCAUUCGCAAGCUAGUAACCUAACACAAGCCUCGACCUCCUCGAGCAUGAAGGCAGGCAAUGCUGGUGGAGCAAUGAAGGUGAAGGUCUUCUUCCAGGAGGACAUCAUUGCCAUUCGAGUACCGCAGGAUAUAGUCUUCUCUGCGUUGAAAGAGCGACUGAUGGAGCGACUAAAACUCAACGAGAACAUUGUCAUUCAGUACAAGGACGAGCCGACCAACAGUCUGAUCGACCUGGAGAAUGACGACAAUCUGGAUGUGGCAUUACAGCGAAACCCGAAACUCACGUUGUAUGUGAAUUAUGCUGCGAGUUGAGUGGAAGCUACAGGGAGGAAGCUACAAUGACUGGGUUGCGGUCUAUGGGGCUGUUUCCGAACACGAUUCCAUGUCCAAAAAGCGUGGGAUUGAGAUGGCCUUGAAUCUCCUUGAGGAAGUAUAAAGGAAAGACAGGGCAACCUGAUGAGCUAUGUCUUUAAUGUGGUUAUGUCCUGGCGCAUAGGGUGGUUGGAUCUUGGGAAAGGUCUCUUCUAAGACUGCACCUCUCGCAAAAAGUUCCAAGUCAUUAUGGAGUUGAAUUCGAGCUGGGACGAUUUCAGGUGCUAUGCUUGGUGGGAAUUCUCUUCAAUCAGGACUGGCUAUGCAGCAUGUGCUUGCUGCUAAAGAUUUAUCUUGAUGUGCUUGAACGAUGGAGCUUUGGAGGCAGGGCGCUGGUGCUGGUGCUUGUACUGGUGCUGGAUCGUUUCUGACUUGAAGUCUUAGACUCAGUCAUUGAUGCUCUCACUUCGUUGAGCGGGAGUCAGUGUCAGCUUGUUAUAGCUUUUUGACCAGCAAUGUGGAUUGUCGUGAAGAGCGGCAGAUUCUGAAUUC